AUGUCAGAACCAAACCAGAAUGUCGAAGAGGAGUUUGAGCGCGAGGCGCUGGGUCCCAGGCCAGGAGAGAAGGGCUGGGACAAGUUUGAAGUCACCAUAGCUCCCGAUGAUCCAGAAAAUCCGCAGACUUGGUCGCCGCGAUACAAGUGGUAUCUGACGAUGCUUGGAGGUCUAUUGGUUCUCAACGCGACAUUCGCGAGUUCAGCACCGGAAGGCAUUGAACAGGACCUCAUGGAAUAUUUCACUUUCAGCGAGGAAGUCGCCGUCCUGACCAUCUCGCUAUUUGUCGCGGGUUACUGCGUGGGGCCGCUCGUGUGGGGUCCACUGUCGGAGCAAAUAGGCAGACGGAACGUGUUCAUCAUCAGCUUUGUCGUCUACACUUGUUUCCAGGUUGGGUGCGCCCUCUCACGGAACACCGCGUCAAUCUUGAUCUUCCGGUUUUUGGGCGGAACGUUCGCAGCUGCACCAUUGUCCAACAGCGGGGCUGUCAUCUCAGAUAUUUGGGAUGCGGGGACACGUGGAGAAGCGCUCGCGUUCUUCACGCUUGCCCCGUUCGCGGGCCCUACGAUCGGCCCCAUCGUCUCUGGCUUCAUGGCAGAUGCUGGUGUAGACUGGCGGUGGCUCUUCUGGGUGCUCACCAUGUUUGCUGGCGCCUGUCUGCUCUUGAUCAUCUUCACGCUCCCCGAGACAUUCCUUCCCAUCCUGACUGUACGAAAAGCAAAGCGGCUGCGCAAGGAGACUGGUGAUGACCGGUAUUGGGCAGCAUUCGAGCGCAGCAGCGACACUCUUAGCCAGCAUGUCAAGCGUGUGCUUGGCCGUCCAUUCCUCGUGCUCUUCCAGGAGCCCAUGCUCAUUGCGGUCACCCUUUAUAUGAGUUUCGUCUACGCCUGCAUUUACAUAUUGUUCGAGGCGUACCCCAUUGUCUUUUCCGAGGGUCACAACCUCAACGUUGGCUUAACCGGCCUAACAUUCCUGCCGAUUUUCGUCGGUGCCGUCGCGGGCGUCGUCAGCUACCUGCUUAUCUUCAACCCACGCUACAUCAAGGCUCAGAAGCACUACGCACCCGACAUGGUCCCACCGGAGCAGCGGCUCGAGCUCGCGAUGGUCGCCGCGCCGAUGUUCGCCAUCUCGUUCUUCUGGUUCGGCUGGACCUCGUACCCGACCGUCAGCCUGUGGGCGCCGCUCAUCGCGGGCUUCCCCCUCGGGUGGAGCAUCGUCUACAUCUUCCUCGCGCUCUUCAACUACAUCAUCGACGCGUACCUCUUCGUCGCCGCCUCUGCGCUCGCCGCGAACACCGUCGUGCGCUCGGCCUUCGGCGCGGGCUUCCCGCUGUUCGCCGCGCAGAUGUACGAGAGGCUCAACCCGCGGUGGGCGUCGACGCUGCUCGGCUUCAUCGCCAUCCUUUUGGGCCCGAUCCCGUUCGUGCUGUACAAGUUCGGCCCGAUUAUCAGGCAGAAGUCGAAGUAUGCGCCGACGAAGCCGGCAACGGCGUCACCGAAGGACAAACCGACGGACGCCGUGGAGAACGUGUAG